CUCUUCGCCAUGGUCACGUUUGCCGUCUCGUCCGUGGAGCGCAACGUCUGCAAGGCGACGCCAUCCGACCGUCAGCCCAUCACGACGCUCAAGGCGUUUGCCAAAGAAGGCUGCAGAGACAUUGUCCAAGCCACCCACCUCGGGCCUGUUGUUGCCUCUGAAAGUGGCUUUGUACGCGGUGUCAUUGAAGCCUACAACAACCACCACGACCUCGUGCUCCGACCGGACGAUAUUUGGCUCGCGAUUUUGAUCCAGUUUGGUCUGUAUGUCGAUGGCAACGCCGAAGAGCUUCGGUCGUCGCUCGUCAAGCACGAAGACAAGAAGGAGCUCGUUGUUUAUGACGUUGGAACGCUGUACUCUGUCGACUUUGGCGCGCUCUCCAAGCAAAUGGUCGACAAGAUGGACGAGCACCUCGUGGACCCGACCCUCAAGCAGUGGGUACUUCCGUCCUUCUCGACAACGACCGACCAUGACGUCGUUGUUGCCAGCGUCGUGCUCAUGGCCACGAUGAAGAAGUACUUUUCGUACAAAUUUUGCCUUGAAUGCGGCAUUCCACAAGUGACGCUCCUCGGCACCGUCGACGAUUGGCAAGACAUUCGGCAUCGACUCGACAAACUCGCCGUGUACGGCGUGCGCAUGACGCAGUGGACGACGAUGCUGGCGCCGAUUCUCGACCAGUUUGUGGCGGCGGCACAAGGCCAAGCGGACGCUGCGUUCUGGGACCGCAUCUGCAGCCAUGAAGGCGGCGGCUCGGGCCCGAGCUACCUCAACGGCUGGAUCAGCGUCUUUUGUGUCUUCAACGACCAAGGCAAGUGGCAAGGCGACAAGAUGACCAACAGAGUGCUGCAACGCAAGCCCGACACAGAGAUGCAUGGUGGAGGCAUUCCCUAUCAUUACGUCGACGUCAUGUACGACUUUCCGCUCGUCGACAUGCAAGACAUUCCGCCGGGGUACGUCACGGUGGACGUGACGAUCGACGACAACGGGAUAAAGUACAAGGCGCUCAUGUUUGCGGGGCACAUGGCGUACAGCCUUGGUGAAAACAAGGCAUCGAUCGCGCCGUCGCUGAGCUGGGCGAUCGCGCUCAAGAACGGCGAGCCCACGCCUGAGGAAGUGAACCCGUUUGGGCACUAAAACCCCCCAGAACACAAGCUUGCUUUAAUACGUUUGAUUAAAAUCGUUGUCCUUGAUUGAAGUGCGUGGCGACGUACUAGAAUGUGAU